UGGUAACCUUACUCAGGGGGCACCUCUUGCUCCUGCUGCCCUGGAUGCAGCUAAUUACAUCCAUCUUCACCAGUGUACCUACCUUACCUUAGGCAGGUAAGUGCUUGCAGACACCACAAGCUGUUGUUUCUCGGGUUGAUCUGGCAGGAACAAUCCACCGUCCAGGUGAGGAUCGAAGUCCAUGGAAACUGCGAUGACUAUACUACAAGAAUACCUACACCACAUGAUAUGCACUGUGCAUCUGAUCAUUCAGUCUCAACACUGGUUUCAUGAAUUGAAUUAUCCCGCUGUGGCGCACAUGCCUCAAUCCUCAACUUCGGUCAUGGUGCUACCAUUAAUGGCAGAGCAACUCCGAUCAGCAACAUCCCAACUUGAGCUUCCGCAAUAUCAACCCUCGAUGUGCAAUUACCUUACAGUAGAGCGCCAUGGCUGGGCCCCAACGGAGGCCGUACCCGCCUGCACCCCGCAACAGCCCGAAUUUCACAGCCACCUAGACGCCCGCCAAAAGCCGUGUGCUCCUCGCCGGCUUCCACAUUCUCGGUUCGAGGGUAGCGAGGUUCCAGGCCUGCUAUUAGGCCAACUCUGCGGCGACUUGUGGCACAGAAUUUUGUCCUCCCUCGGGAGGCCAUAUCAGCCCAGCCCGACCUUCCCCAGACCGGCCGUAUUUCUUGGUCCAUGCUCAAUUGUGACAAGCUCGCUUUGCCGAGGAGGACGAAGAUCACUUUUUUCUUUCGGCAUCAACAAUCAAAUCGACGCAGCCAUAUCAGUGAUAUCACGUCCAGGGAACAGUAGUUCUCGGUUGUCAACACGAAAUUUUUGACUCGUGUUCCGGAAUUUUCGAGAGCGCCGAUCCCACCCUCAAACCAGAAAGAGAGAACCGGAUAUGUCUGCCCGAACUAGGCAAAUUAGGGUGCGGCGUGGAGACCGUUUUGGGCUUCUCUCAUGGACAGAUCUGAAGACCAACAAUGUUCAUUCUUGAGCCUCGUGUGCGUCUGCGUAUGUACUCCAUAAGUACAUACAGUAUCUUCAGGCAAGCAUUGUGCCACGACGACGGCAAACCGCUAGCAAGAGUCAUGAUUGGCCUCGCCUAGCCCAAUUCCGUCGUUUACAUUCCGCGGACAUGGUAAAGGUCAGAGGCGCUGUACGGUAAGGAGCGGCUGUACUUCGGAGCCUCUUUGAUUGCUCGUCUAUAUGAUGGCUGGUAUAAGCCAGCCUUUUGCGCUUCUCCUUCCCAGCGGAGGGU